AUGCAAUCGAGCGUCCUCACUGCCCAGAAGAGUCUGAUCUCGGCCCUUCGGCCUGUCGGCUUACCGGCCUACAGCGAGCGACCGAAGGCGACCAAAGGGAAAGCUUUCAAAAUUCCUGCCUCACAUGAAGAUUGUCCCCGCACUGACACCUCCGUUCGAAUGACGAGGCGGGUCAAAUGCAGCGACCCGAUCGACGGGGAAUAUGAGUUUGGAGGAGAGAUGUUCAUCGACAAUAUACAGGCGACUGUGCUCGCCUGCCUCGCUCUUUAUGUGACGCAUUUCAUAUACAGAAAGGUCACUGGACCAUUGGCCCAGAUUCCCGGACCUGAAAUCUCCAAGUGGACUGAAGCUGUGUAUGUUUACUACUGGCUACGAGGCGAGAUACCGUUCUACGUUCACCGGCUUCACGAACAAUACGGACCUAUCGUGCGAACUAGUCCGGGCCAAGUCGACAUUUGCGAUCUCGACGCCGUCAAAGAUAUCCACAAGAUAAACAGCCGAUUUCUUAAAUCUGAGUGGUAUCGCAAACUCGUCGCUGGUGGUCAUGAAACGAUGUUCUCGACCUUAGAUCGACAAUUCCACGCGGAGCGACGUAGAUUGCUCGCAAUGCCCAUCUCGGAAUCAUCGCUCAGCAAGAUGGAGCCUAUUGUUCUUGCACGAGUACAGACUGCAAUCGACAGGAUGGAGGAAGAGAUGAGACUCGGCGGGGUGGCUGAUGUCUUCAAGUGGUGGUUGUUCAUGGCCACCGAUAUCAUCGGCGAACUUAGCUUUGGAGAAUCGUUUCGAAUGCUGGAGGCCAAGGAGAAAACGCAAUACAGCAUCGACCUUGAAAACCUAUCACGGGUCCAGGCCGUCCGGAUCGCCUUCCCAUUCCUCGUCAGCAUCGGCAAAUAUGUUCCCUUCCCGGCCUUCAAAGCAGCUGGAGAAGCAGCAAAGAGAAUCGGACAAUACUCAUACCAAUCCAUUGAGCGUUACAAACGUAUUCUGGCCGAAAACCCUGAAAAUCCAAAACCAACCCUUUUCACAAAAAUGUUCGAGGAGAAAAGCGGUCUCACCCACGAACAAAUCCGACACGAAGCCCAAGCCUACAUCAUCGCAGGUAGCGACACCACCGCUGUAACACUCACCUACCUGAUUUACUCCGUUUGUCGCAGUGAGGGAAUCCGGAAGAAACUCGUCGAAGAAGUCUCCCUUGUCUCUGAACCUUUAACCAGUCAAAAAUUGCGUGAGCUGCCGUACCUUAAUCAGGUUAUUGAGGAGACACUACGUCUCCACCCAGCCGUGUCCAUGGCCCUCCCUCGGACCGUGCCACCGGAGGGAUAUACUUUCGACGGCUACUUUAUUCCAGGAGGAACCGGCAUUGGGACUCAGGCUUACAGUGUGCAUCGCGAUCCGAUCAUCUUCCCAGACCCACUUGAGUUCAAGCCAGAAAGAUGGCAGAGCCCAAGUAGGGAGAUGAAAGAUGCGUCGCUGGCGUUUGGUGGAGGUUCGAGAGUUUGCAUCGGGAUUCAUUUGGCGCAUAUGGAAAUGCGUCUGGGCACUGCUCUUUUCUUCCGCAAAUUUCCCAGUGCACAAGUCUCGGCUCGAGAGGGAAUGUCGGAGAAUGAUAUGGAUAUGGAAGCGUUCUUUUUGAUGGCCCCGAGGGGACAUCGAUGCUUGAUCGAGGCGUGA